UCUCUUUCAGAUAUAAAAUGUCCAGUUUCAAGAGGACGGAGAUCUUACAGUCGGAAGAUACUCCGGAUCUUGUCUCCGGAGAUGGAACCUGGGGGAGAUGGGAGCAUCCUAUCACGAUCAAGGAGUAUGGAGCAAUCAAUAAUGUCGACAUAUCUCCGACCUCGUCAAAAUACUUUGCUAUUACCAGUUAUUCUAAAGUUCUAAUCUACGACCCUGUGAUAAAAGAUGUUUACAAAACCAUGACAAAAUUUCAAGAUGCCUGUUUCGGAGCUAAAUUUCGUCGAGACGGAAAACUUUUAUGCGUUGGUACAUCUGAGGGACAAUUGAAAAUAUUCGAUGUCGCCACCAAAACCUUGUUAAGAAUACUACGCGGCCACUCAACAGCGACACACAGAUGCGACUUUACUCCUGAUAACACGCACAUUCUCUCGUUCUCCGACGAUAAAACUGUUGGUUUGUGGGAUCUCCCUUCCGAGUCUUUGGUUCAGCAGUUUAGUUCACACACGGACUAUGUGCGGUGUGGGACACCAUUUCAUCUCAACUCUGAUCUAAUCCUCUCCGGAGGGUAUGAUAGUACCAUCAUGUUGUGGGAUAGAAGAGUUGGUGUGGAACCUAUUGUAACCCUAAACCACGGAGCUCCGGUUGAGGAUUUAGUCGUCCUACCCGGAGACGGAAUGAUUGUAUCAGCAGGAGGGAACGAUGUCAAGGUCUGGGAUAUAGCCGGAGGAGGACGAAACCUAGCUCGUAUCAGUCCUCAUCAUAAAACCAUCACGUGCCUCUGUGUUGAAAGCAGUGGAAGUGUUAUAAGUGGAUCUCUAGACAGACAAGCUAAGAGGUUGGAUAUGCAGAACUUCCAGGUUACCGGGAGCUUAUCCUUCCCCAGUAGUCUGCUCAGUGUUGGUGUUGAUAUCGACAACAAGUAUGUUGUCGGAGGAAUGGUGGACGGUCUGGUUCAAAUAUUUGAGAAGAAGGAUGACAAGUAUAUUAAUGGAGUUAAAAUAGAUUCUAGAAGAGUUAGGAAGGAGAAAAGUCAUAGGUAUCUUCAAUACACGCAGUUCACCCCCGCUCCCGGAGACAUUAUGGUGGAUACAUCCUUGAAGGAUAUUGAGCUCAAGCAUGAUACACUGCUGAGAAAGUAUGAAUACAGUAAAGCUUUGGAUCAAACCAUGAAACCAUUUGUUCAAAGGAAGAAACCUGAAUACGCGCACAGUUUAUUGUAUGAGCUAAUGCGGCGGGAAGGAUUACGAAUUGCUCUGACUGGACGAGAUGAAAGAUCUCUUAUUCUCAUUCUUAAUUAUGUUCUGAAGAACUUGACAAAUCCACGGUUUUCUAAAGUAGUUCGUUAUGUGGCAGAACUAUUAAUAGAUAUCUAUCUACCCGUCUCUGUAAACUCCAGCAAGGUGGAGAAGAUGUUCAAUGACCUGCGGAAGAAGUUAGGUCGUGAGACGCGACUAAUUGAAGAGCUUGUCAAGGCUCAGGGUAUGCUGGAUAUAGCUAAAUCUGCUGGAGGGACGGGUCGGGGCAGUUCAAGAGUAGAACGGGAGAUAUUGAUAGAGAAAGCUGACUUGAGUAACAAGGAAGAAAUGGUUUAUUAAAGCAACUAUUCAUUCAGUAAAUUUGCAUCCAGGAAGAAACCCAAGAUAUCAUCGUUUCAGAAAAA